AUGGCCCUAGUCUUGGGAACAUGCACUCCGGAGAACGUUAAGAAAAUUGCAUCCGCUUUUCCCAGCGUAGAGUUACUAGAUGGCCUGAUUCAGUACUUCCUCACCUCGCCAUCCCUCGACACCCUCACGUGGUUUCACCUCCCAACCUUCUCCCCCUCGAAACUGAAUCCAGAAUUGCUUGCAAGUAUAGCAUCCGCUGGAGCUGCCACAAUUCCCGACUUCUCACUGCGAAAACUCGGAUAUGCUUUGCACGAAGCUUCCAGGAUGGGUCAGUCUAGGACUUUUGAAGAGGACAACACAGCAAUCAGAGAUCUUCAACAUCUCCAGACAUUCCUCCUGCAGCUAGGAGUGGGCAUGUGGAGUGGCAUCAGCCGGAAAAUGGAGAUUGCAGAAAGUUUUACCCAGCCCCUGGUAACAAUGCUUCGGCGAGGCGCCCGCUUCCGCCGGUCGACAUGGAAGGAAAUCCGCCCGGAGCCAGAUGAGCAAGGAUCUGCAUUGGAAACCAAAUGGCUCAGUUGGGUUCAGCAAGAAUCAUUCCUUCGAUUGGUCUACCGUGCUUUCGAGUUUGAUAGGCAAUCCUCCAUGGCACUGCUCAAGCCACCACUAAUAUCUUAUGCUGAGAUGCAACUUCCGUUACCGAGUUUCAGCGCUCUUUGGCAGGCUAAAUCAGCAACAAGCUGGAAAGCGGCCUACUUGAACCUGCCACCAAUGACAAUAAAUAAGCCAUCAGCCAUGGAAUGCUUUCUCAAUCUGGGGCACCUCUCGCACCAUGACCAUGCUAGCCUAACGUUCCUGUACAUGAUAUGGGGCGCGAUUUGGGAAUACCGCCAGAUGUGCACAGUGACAUCUCGCUCACAGGCCGUGUCGAACAACAGCCUCAUACUAUCGUCGCGCUACCAAGAUCUUACCAAACAGCUCGAGGAUUUCCAACUCAGCUGCCCACCCAUGAACAAGAGUGUUGAGAUAACUCUAGAGAUCAUGCUGGUUCAUCUUAACGCACCUUUGGAUGACAUUCAGCUUUUUGCAGGUAUCGAGGGGCAGGAAGAAGCGCGCAUCGCAUACAUUGGCCUACAAGACUGGGCCAACACUCCUUCAGCACGUCAAGCGCUCUGGCAUGCUGGUCAGGUUUUGCGCGCCGCUGAAGUGUUGCCAAAGGCUUUGUUGAACAAUUUCAACGCCAUUGCCGUCUACCAUGCCGGGCUGAUCCUGUGGUGCUAUGGAUUCCUCAAGCGAUCUGUUGCGCCAGAAUCGACACAGAUAGAUACCACGGUCGUUCUUAACGGAGACGAUUCCCUGAGCGCUCAACAUCUCGAAUGGACAGCAUCUCAGACUAAUAAAGAUGAGAUUCGUCUGGUACCCCAGCCAACAUCAGACCCAGCAGACCCGCUGAACCUGCCCAAAUGGCGGAAGCUUGUAAUGCUCGCGGUCAUGUCUAUUCACCCUUUUGUGGUCAACUUCACUGCAUCGUCGAUCUCUAGUGCUUUGCCGAUAUACGCGUCGACACCAAUACUUGGGCUCCCUCCAAAAGGGUUUUCGCAAUUGACAUACCUCGUUGCAGUCAAUGUCUUCAUGUUGGGAAUGGCCAACCUGUGGUGGGUGCCCUUGGCAAAUACCUUUGGGCGUCGGCCCGUGAUUCUGCUUAGCUUGUUGUUGCUAGUCUUCUCGAGCAUGUGGGCAGGAUUGGCGACAAGUUUUGAUAGUCUACUGGCUGCGCGUAUAUUCAUGGGCAUUGGUGGAGCACCUGCCGACGCGGUCAGUCCGGAUGUGGUUGGCGAGAUAUUCUUCGUUCACGAGCGUGGACGUGCUAUGGCCAUCUACACUUCCUUUCUUGCUUUUGGGUCUCUUGUCGGCGCUGCUUGUGGUGGAUACAUUGUCGGACCCAUGGGUCUCUCCUGGCUACACUGGAUGAAUGUUGUCCUUUCAGCCAUUAGCUUUGCUCUCUGCCUCGUAUUCCAAGCCGAGACGUUGUACGACCGUCCACAGACUUCAUACGCAUCCGACAACGAGGUCUCAAACAAGAUCACUGCCGAUACAAAGGAGAGUGUUGUCGUUGCUGGCUCCGUGGCACCAUCCACGUACCCUUCCUAUUCGUACCUCCGCUCGCUAAGGCUCAUCACAUAUCAGCCAGGCAUUGGUGCCAAGUUUUUGGCUCCUUACAAGGUCCUCCGGCUACCUGGAGUGUGGCUGGUCUCAGGCUGGUAUGCUGGACUCGUUGGAUUGAUUGUAACCAUGUCAACAGUAGCUCCUCAGCUUGUUGGCAAACCCCCAUAUCUCUGGGGCAAAGGUGUCGGCCUGAUCAACAUUGGCGGCAUCAUUGGGACUAUCCUAGGCUGUGUGUACACAUACUUCGUCGCUGAUUUCACGACCAAACGUCUCGCAAAGAAGGAUCAGCACGGCUUCUCUGAACCAGAAUCCCGUCUCGUCACCGCUCUCCCUGCCCUCUUCGCCGCUACCAUCGGUGCACUCAUCUUCGGCUUCGUAGCGCAGAACCCCUCGCCGACGGGCUGGGUGGGUUUGCAGUUUGGACUUGGCCUUGUCGCUUUCGGUCUCAUGCAAGCGCCAUCGGUGGGCUUCAACUAUAUCAUUGAAGCGUAUGGCAGCCUUGCUGGUGACUGCUUCGUCGCCAUCACCUCGGCGCGCGCAGUGGUUAGCUUUGCCUGGUCUUUCUUCGUCGGCGAGUGGGUCAUGCAUGAAGGUCCGGCGGAGCCAUUUGGCAUCUUUGGCAUGCUCAUGGGCAUAUUCGGCUUGCUUACUAUUCCCAUGCUUAUCUGGGGUAAGAGGCUGCGUAUUUGGACCGCAAAGUGGGUUCCUCAUGGAAAGCCGAGUUAG